GCUCAGUGUCCUGUCGCGGCUUCCGUAGACAUUCCUUCACUGUGACAGACAAACAUCUCUGAGCCCACGAACCCAGCUCCGAAAACCAUGGAAGAGAUUAAUAACAUUGAAGUGGUUCCGUGCACAGAGUCCGACUACCUGAAACCGUUCAGGGUGCAUUACAACCAGAAUGGCACAAAGAAAUCCUGGGACUUCAUGCGAACUCAUGACAGUGUAUCGGUGCUGAUCUUCAACACCACCUCACACUGUUUUGUGCUCGUCAAGCAGUUCCGCCCAGCCGUGUACAUGUGCGAGUGGGAAAAGUCCAAGACGAAGCCGGCCCAGUCGGCUGAAAAAACCGAGGAGGGCGCCGCCGAAGCCGACGCUCCCGAGCCUCAGGAGGGGCAGUCGGCCGCGGAGGGCGAGAGCUCUUCUCAGUGGCCCCCGGCCUCAGCGGGGGUCACCUACGAGCUCUGUGCCGGCCUGGUGGACAAACCCGACCUCUCCUUGGAGGAGAUCGCCCGACAGGAGGUGUUGGAGGAGUGUGGCUAUGAUGUGCCAGCUUCCAAGCUGAAGAGGAUCACUUCUUACAGGUCAGGCGUGGGCGUAACGGGCUCCAAGCAGACCAUGUUUUACGCCGAGGUGUCCGACGACAACUGCGUGAGCGCGGGCGGAGGUGAGCCGCGGGAGGGCGAGCUUAUCGAGGUGGUGAAGGUCCCGCUGCACGAGGCCAUGACGUUUGCCUACAACGAGCGUAUACCCAAAACCAUGGGCGUCAUUUUUAGUUUCAUCUGGUUCCAUAAUAACAUGUCUCCCAAGUACAAGAUCUCCACCAACGUGUAACUAGUCUUAACAAACCUUCCUUUCUACCAUUUCCUCCAAAUUCAAUCAAACCACUGGCCCAGCACACCCGCUCUACCCCACAUAAUGGCUCCUCUAUUGCCUUUUUGCUUAUUGGUACAUGAUGAAGGGUGGGCCCCUUGUCUUGUUGCCAGCUGGAAUCUUUAAUUUUUAUCCUGUUUACUUCUGUUAUUUAAUGUGGUCUUAAUACUUUUCCUAAAAAAAACAAAAACAAAUUUGCCAUAGCUGGUUUGUCACUGGCACUUUCUCUUCUUCUACUGUUUUUCUUUUCUUUAUUUUUUUUUAUAUAUAUAUAUCUACAUGUUGAUCGUUUCGUUGACUGUGCCAUCUGUGAUACAUGGCUGCAUAUCACUGAUUUCAUUUGCCUGCCCUUAAUUAAAGGAAUGCUCCACUGCUUUUAA